CAGAGCGGACACAGCAGCACGAAGGCAGUGAUAGCAUUUUCAACGAAAAACCAUCGCAUUGGUGGUGGUCGUCGGGUGGUUGCUGCAGAUCAUUCAACGAACCAGCAUUUUAUGUGAAGAAAGAGUUGAUUACAAAAAUUGCGUCUGUGGUGUCAUCGAGUGGCUGUCGGACAAUAACAGCACGAAGUGAAAUUUCAACGCAAGGUUCCAACAAGGGUUUGGUUGCGAUUAGUUAUUGGAAAGACGCAUUGGGGGAAGAACAUUGUCUCGGUGGCAUCGGCGUUUGGCGUGGUAGCUUGGUUGCUAAUCAUUCCAGAAAAUUUCACUUACCGCCGACGACAGCCAAAUCGAUGAAGCCGCCACCUUAGUGGAAAAUUUCGUUUAACUGCUUUAGUGUUUGAAAAGCCGAAUAGUUUGUUUGUUUCGUGUUUCUUGGAUAAAUAGUUUUAGUCCUGAAAAGGAUUGUGUGUAAUUAAAUCUUGAACUUCCUCUCACUUUCCACCGGGGCCAUAAAAACGAUACCCGUAUGCUUCCAUCGCGGGCGGAAACCGAACGUUGUAUAUGAAUAAACUUUGUCAAGUGGUAUACGCUGAAUUCAUUACCCGUAUUCUGGGUGGAGUCAAAUAAAUUAACACUGAGGGAUAUAAGCGAAGCCAUCUCCUCUAUUCUUCCAGUCCGCACGCGAACGAUUGCUUGCAAAAAAGUAAACCAGAAAUAAUCUUAUCAGUCGCGCGCCGUUACGUCACCACCGAUAGCUGUGCUGCUGUGGCUACCAGGUAUGAGAAACGAGUGACCAUAUCCAAUAUCACCAGCAGCAGUUUUGCAUCGCACUCUGAAAUGAACGACCAGCAAAUUCGUGAGGCAUUCGAUCUCGCCCUGGACCUGACCAAACAGUGCGGACCAAUUGUGCUGGAUGGUUUCCAUAACUCGUCGAAGGAUGUAGCCAGCAAGGGCCGCCACUGGGAUCUGGUCACGGAGUACGACCGCCGGGUGGAGGAUGUGUUGAUUGAGGGAUUGAAAAAACGCUUCCCCGAUCAUCGGAUGCUGGGGGAGGAAAGUUCAACCGAGGCCAACCGCAAGGAAGCGCUCGACGAUAGGCCAACGUGGAUCAUCGAUCCCAUCGAUGGGACGAUUAACUUUGUUCGCGGUGUGAAAUUCAUUGCCAUUUCGGUGGCGCUUGUGGUAGCGAAGAAGCUAAAGAUUGGCAUACUGUACAAUCCGUGUCUGGAUGAGAUGUACACGGCGAUUGAUGGGCAGGGAGCGUUUCUAAAUGGCAAAAGGAUUAGAGUCAGUGGGGUCGAAGACCUAAAAGGCGCGUUGAUUGGACAUGAAAUUUCGAUUGCCAGCUACGCGGUCGCCCGACCGCACAUGUUUGGUCGCGCAGAGGAAUUCAUCAAGGAAUGUGUCGGCUUAAGGGCACUGGGUUCUGCUGCCCUGUCGUUGGGGUACAUGGCAAGUGGCAAUCUGGACGCUUACUGCAUCGAAUAUCUGAAACCGUGGGACAUAGCAGCGGGAGCGAUUAUCGUUCAAGAAGCUGGCGGCGUAGUUAUGAACAUCAACGGAGGCGAGUACGAUAUUCUGAAGCCGGAUAUUAUCGCCGCUAGCAGCGAGAAGUUGGCGCAACGAUUGCUUGAAGUAGUUAGGAAAGUGAACGAUAAGGUUAAUCAAAAGCAAGUGCAAUAAUAAUUGUUCCGGUUACACGCUGCAGAACAAUUGAGAUUUACAACAAAUUAGGUUUACACACGAUUGUAUGCAUUGGUUGCAAUCUCAAAGUUUAUACAACUGAAAAAAAAUCGAUUCAUUUCUUUAAAGUAUACUUUAGUAACUUUAUUCAAUAUGUUUGUUUAUUUCAAAGAAGUACCGUGACCUGCCCUAAUUCCGCGCAUCGCCUAAUUUCGUGGUUUUCAUAAAAAAUCAGAACCUGGCUAUCAUGGACAUCACA